AUGCCUAAUCAAUACCACGAUAUCCAAACGGUCGACGCAACGAACCAUUCGUAUAUUUUCGCGCAGAAUGUGUCAAUCCCGUUAAGGACUGGAGGAUUACUUCGCUGUAACGUUUAUAAGCCGCGGAAAACAUCAGAAGGAAGCAAAUAUCCCGUUCUUGUCACGUACGGGCCGUACGGCAAGGAUGUCCCUUAUGAACAGUUUAACCCCAAGAGCUUCGCAGAAGUGGACCCAGCUCAUCGGACAGAACAUUCUGCAUGGGAGACGCCUACACCCCAGUACUGGACCGACCACGGCUAUGUUGUCGUGCGAGUGGAUGAGCCUGGCAUCGGGCAGUCUCCAGGUCAGCUUCAUGUUAAAUCUGCAGCUUCCAUUGAUGGAUUCUGCGACGCUAUCGAAUGGGCUGCUUGUCAACCUUGGUCCUCCGGGAAAGUCGGGAUCCUCGGAAUCAGCUACUACGCCGCCACGCAGUGGCAGGUUGCAGCUCGGCAGCCUAAAGGAUUAGCGGCGAUAGUGCCAUGGGAAGGAUUUUCUGACGCCUAUAACGAGUCAUUGCGGCAUGGCGGCAUCCUCUCGAACAAGUUUUUCUCUCUGUGGUACGAUCGUCAGGUUGCGCCGAAUCAGUAUGGGCUUCCGGGGCGAGCGGCGCGCAAUUGGGGUCCCGAUACUGUUGACGGGGAUCUCAGCGCAGAGGAAUUAGAUGCAAACCGUUACAAGGCCGUAAUGCAUGAGCAGCGGUACCGUGACAACAAAGAUAUCUCGUCACUGAACUUCAAUCUGGAAGAUGUUACAGUCCCCCUUCUCAGCGUUGCUAAUCUCGGUGGGAUUCUUCUGCAUCUUCGAGGAAAUGUGAUGGGAUAUCUUUGGUCUGGGUCUGAAUUCAAAUAUCUUCGAUUCAUUGUUGGACGCCAUGAUCUGCCAUUCUACUACCCUGAAGAAGUAGAGAUACAAAGGAGCUUCCUCGAUGCUUGGCUGAAAGGGCAUGACCGAGAGGGCUGGACACAGAAAGGGGCUCUUCCGCCUGUGGAUUUGAUUCUACGUAAGGGCAACGUUGGUUACAAUAACCCAACAGCGGAGAAACAGUUUCUUCGCCGUAAAGAAAAGGAAUGGCCAUUGGCCAGGACACAAUACACCCCCAUUUACUUAACAGCGGACUAUGAGCUACAACUCGACCAACCACACCAGCCAACGCCAAAGAAACUCUGCUACAGCGCUCUGGGUAAGGCAAACGAUUCCGACAUGGUGACAUUCCAAUCGGCUCCUUUUGAGAAAGAAACAGAGAUCACCGGGCACAUUGUGGCUCACCUCAACGUAUCCGUCAGCAGAGAUCAAUGGGGAAAUUCACCCUCGGACUUAGACUUGUUUCUCAGUCUACGUCAUAUAUCAUCAUCUGGCGAUGAGAUAUCCUACACAGGCUCUACCGGAAACCCUGUCCCAGUGACCAAGGGUUGGCUCCGUGUUUCUCUCCGCAAGACCGACCCUCAGCACCCACGCCACCGGCCUUGGUUGCCGUAUCGCAACUACUACUCCACGGAUGUUCUACCUGUAAUUCCCGGCGAGGUGUAUCCCGUGGAUGUGGAACUCUGGCCAACUAACGUAGUCGUCGAAGCUGGAGGCCGGCUUGUGUUAGAGGUUAGUUCCGGGGACACUGCAGGAACUGAGAUCUGGGGUCAUGACGAUCCGAUUGACAGGUCAGAGGCUGUCUUCGAAGGUCUCAACAAUGUCCAUUUCGGGCCCAGUUAUGUUAACUAUAUCACCCUCCCGAUCAUUCCUUGCAAUGAGGAAUCCUUGUAA